GGGACGGGGACGGGGGCGGGGCGGCGGGGCUGGGUCCGGUCUGGGUGAAGAGUCCGGUCGAAACCUGGGCCUGCGAUCCCCGACUCGGUUUUGCCCGCUGCCCGGAGCGGUCGAAGCGCAGCUGCCCGACUCGCCCCCGCGCCCCUCGGAGUGCCCAGAGCCCACGGUCCUUGGCGUUGAGCUCAGUGGCGUCCGACCCCGGCGCGUCUCUGGCCGCCAUGGCCGCCGCCACGGGCCUGCGGGCCUUGGGGGCGAAGGGGUCGGGCUGGCUCCGGCGCGGCCCGUGGCCUCUGCUCACCGCCGGCUUCUGCAGCGGGGGACCGGCCGGGAUCGGGCGGCCGGAGCCGGGGUCGCGCCCCACCAGCACGCGGCAGCGGGACGGCAUCAGGAGCAUUGUCUUGAGCGAUCCAAAGAGAAGAAACGCGCUGUCACUGGCGAUGCUGAGAUCUCUCCAAAACGACAUUCUUCAUGAAGCCGAAAGCCAAGAUCUGAAGGUCAUUAUUAUUUCAGCUGAGGGCCCUGUAUUUUCUUCUGGGCAUGAUUUAAAGGAACUGACGGAUGAGCACGGCCCAGAUUAUCACGCUGAAGUGUUCCGAACCUGUUCCGAGGUCAUGGUGCUGAUCCAGAACCACCCGGUCCCCGUCAUUGCCAUGGUGAACGGCCUGGCCUCUGCCGCCGGGUGUCAGCUGGUUGCCAGCUGUGACAUUGCCGUGGCGAGUGACAAGUCCUCCUUUGCCGCGCCGGGCGUGAACAUCGGGCUCUUCUGCUCCACCCCCGGGGUGGCCCUGGGGAGAGCGCUGCCGAGAAAGGUGGCCUUGGAGAUGCUCUUCACCGGGGAGCCCAUCUCUGCGCGGGAGGCCCUGCUCCACGGGCUACUGAGCAGGGUGGUGCCGGAGGAGCGGCUGGAGGAGGAGACCCUGAGGAUCGCGAGGAAGGUGGCCUCGCUGAGCCGGCCCGUGCUGUCGCUGGGCAAAGCCGCCUUCUACAGGCAGCUGGCUCAGGACCUCAGGACCGCCUACCACCUCACCUCCCAGACCAUGGUGGACAACCUGGGCCUGCCGGAUGGCCAGGAGGGGGUCAAGGCCUUCCUCCAGAAGAGGAAGCCCGUCUGGUCACACUGAGCGGCCUCAUCAGAGGAACCGGGGGCCGUGAGCCCAGUGGGCAGCGCUCAGGGCUCCCCACCACCGGCCCCACCCGUGACCUUCCGACCCCCAGACGCCACUGCUGCCUCGUGACUGUAGCAGAGCCAGCCUGCUUUUCCGGCAUCAGUCACGUCUCAGUGCACGGGGUCUGGGUUACGAGCCAGCGCUCCCUGGGGAAGGGGUGACCUGGAGGGUCGGGUGCUAACGUGAGCGGAAGGGCUGUGAGCACACAAGAAAGCCCGUGUGUGAUGCUCCUUCCCAGGACCUUAGGGGAGGGGAUGCCCCCCACCAGGGGAGAAGGCGAAGAUAAAACUGAGGUGAGAAGGAAGGAUUUCAGCCCGACUCUGUGACCGGAAAGGGCCCCCAAGGUGGAGGUGGUGCCGGUUGCCCACGACGGGAAACAUUUCAGAUCUCCACGAGAUACUCUCCACUCUGAAAAUCUUCUUGAUUCUAUUGAGAAAUAAUCAUGCCUCUGGCUUUGGGAUAAUCUUAUGGGAUCUUUUAAAGAUUACCUAUUUAGAGAGACUGGUAAUUUUAACUUCCCAACCAGACUGUAAGCUGGCUGAGAGAAGAAAAUCAAUAAACUCUUUGAUGCCUGUGCUGAUGGACAUCUAGUAGGUGCCUGGUGCUUCUGUAAUGAAGGUCCCUGCCACCAGGAUACUGGGAACCCGGACCCUGGGCUAAACCUGAGGAUAAAAGCAUCAGGGAGAGAAAGGAGGGACGCAGAACACACAUUCUCCCCCACGAAGAAUCACCUCCUCUGGAAACAUUUCCAAACUCUGCUCAGCUUCUGGUAAAGAAUCCAGACUAGCAUCAAGCAUUUGAGUUCCCCAAAGGUGGUUUAGGACCUAAACAUCUUACUUUCUGGCUUCUGGUCCAGUUAGGCCCCAGAAAUGUCCUAGACCUCUCAUCCGCCAGCUCACAUCUGGGGCUGAUCAUUUUUUUUAAGGCCAAUUUUCUUUAACCUAUGAGUAGGGUGGCCGUAAAUGUAAUUAGUACCAAAGACAGACACCCGUGAGGCUCUACCCGGUGGUUCUCAUUCUAAUCACGGGGGCAAGCAGCCCCUGGAAGGGAGGUCCCCUAGUGGGUUUCUAUUGAGAUUGGCCUUUUUUUUUUCUUUGCCAGAGUUUAGAAAGGUGAAAAAGAGUGUUUUCUUGGAGGGCUUCCCUGGUGGCGCAGUGGUUAAGAAUCCACCUGCCAGUGCAGGGGACACGGGUUCGAGCUCUGGUCGGGGAAGAUCCCACAUGCCACGGAGCAACUAAGCCCUGCACCACAACUACUGAGCCUGUGCUCUAGAGCCAGCGAGCCACAACUACUGAGCCCGCUAGCCACAACUACUGAGCCACAACUUCAGUGCCACAACUACUGAAGCCCGCGUGCCUAGAGCCCGUGCCCUGAAACGAGAAGCCACCGCAAUGAGAAGCCUGCGCACCACAACGAAGAGUAGCCCCCGCUCGCCGCAACUAGAGAAAGCCCGCGUGCAGCAACGAAGACCCAACGCAGCCAAAAGUAAAUAAAAUAAACGUAAAAAAGAAUGUUUUCUUGGAAAGGAGGAGCUUGUUACUGAGAAUGUUCCUCAGAAGAAGAAAGAUCAUCAGAGCCACCAGUCCCUGGAGCCUGGGAUACACCAGCACCCCCUGUACAUCCUCAUUCAGUCACCACCAGAAUCCAGCAGAGCGGGGCCACCAUCGCCUCCAGCUUACGGAUAAAGCCGUGGAUGCCCUCCCCCCCACCCCCGGCUGCCCACCUUGUCGGGGAGCCUGGGCUGGAGGGAGGCCGGCCUGAAGACCUGCCCCCUGCCCCUCAGCUUUCCAGAACCCAGGGCUGGGCUAAGCGCGCCCCCUGGAGGACUUCGCCAGUGCACCGGGGACGUGGGAUCUGACUAUUGGCAAAUCACCAGUGGAGUUUUACCACGAAUCUGAUAAACAACUGUCUGAAAUUUCAACCCAGGCUGUGAAGGACUGGCCGUCAUGAUCUGCUCAAAAAUAAUCCGCGGGGGGGGUCCUGCGGGUUGCCCCCCGUGGGAGUUGCUGUGUGGCUGUUGAUAGAUCCCACAGUGAGGAGAGGGUGUUAUAAACUCUGGGCUUUGGAGAAAGCUAGCAAAGCCUUCUCACACGUUCCAAGGAAAACCAAGUUGCCUUUCCAGUUUCUGUAUGAGCGGCACCAUAGCCUCCAACCCGGAAAUCCUCUGGCCUCUAGGCUGGCUUCCCAACCUGCGAGCUGAAGUGCCUCAGGGACUCGCUAUAAAUCUUAAUAAUCGCUGGAGCAGAAAAUAAUCCAGAAGGAAAAUCUGCUACCCAACCACCAGUGUCAUAUUAAUUCACCCCCAAGGCAAAUAUAAAUUGGGGCUUAAUUUGCAUCUCUGCUUCCUUCCACUGGGAUAUUGAAUGAAAACUUUCUGAUCACCACACAUGACUGCUUUUGGAAAGCCUCGUGUGUUCAUCUUUCCCUCUGUACCAUUUACUGCUCAGGGAGCUUUGCUGAGCUCAGCCCAGAAGACCCCCCACUAGUAGAUUCAGGGACUAGAAAGUCAGUGAAAGGGGCCUUUGAUUCUGCACGGCCUGGGGGAGAGAGCAUUCCCAAGGCCGGCCUCGGCCCCCCAAAAAACAAACAGAUGGCGCGAAUAAAUGACUAAUUUUACACCAACAAAUGGGGGGGCCUGCCAGGAGAUUUAUUGAGCCGAAACUCUUGACAGGCAGCCCUCGGAAGGAGCUCUCUCUGCUCCCCUGGUAUGUGCAAGGCUCAGAGUAGUUAAGGCAUUGGCCACAGUUGAGCCAGCAUCUAUAUGACUCUGAAUCCCGUGCCUCUGACACCACACCGCAGUCCUCCCAAUGUACCGAAAAGAUCACAGUUCCAACCUGGAGAGACGGACGACCAACACACUCAAAGGAAACCAAUCAGAAAUGGCAGAGCCAAGGCAACACAGCUUUGCUUACCGAGGGGAUGCAGGAGAAGCACAGAUUCAACCUCGAAGAACACCGAGUUCAAGUCCGAGGAUUGCCACCAUCUAGCUGUGUGACGGUGCAGGUGACGGAGCCUCUUUCAGCACCCAGGUCCCCUUCUGGGACCUUCUUGUCCUCCCAGUUCUGACACUGCAGAUUCUACAGCAGUGGAAACUUGCUGUGAAACCAGAAACAGGCAGCUUUGCUCAGAGAAAAUGCUCUUUUACAAAAGGAGAUGGGCCUCUUUCCCGAGAAGUGGUGAACAGUGAAAACACCUGAUUACAUUGGAGCACGAGAAAUCCAUUACGGAGCCUCGGAGCCUGGGGGCCACACCUGAACCUUUUUAAAAUGUCCGGCUGGGAAGCACCUACAGAGUGAAAUCGGCAAUCAUCCUAAUUUUGUCUAGGGGCCCCCUUUCCUCUCUCCGUCCUCUGAAAACCCACUGCACUAAGCUUUUAAAUUGUUUUAAAAUAUUUGACCAAUGAGUGAUUAUUCUUUCCUGGCAGUCGUUAAGAGGCCAGAGUUCAAAUCAGCCUUAUUGAAGCUCACCUGUUACUGUUAAUAAACUUAGAAAUUUCA